AGCGCCUCCCGAUCGUGAUGGGAACCACAGAAGCCACCCUGCGGAUGGAGAAUGUGGAUGUGAAGGAGGAGUGGCAGGACGAGGACUUCCCCAGGCCUCUUCCAGAAGAGACUGGCAUGGAGUCGCUGGGCAGCCCUACAGAGGACGAGCACACAUCCUCUCCCCCACAUACCUUAAACUUUAACGGGGCGCACCGUAAGCGGAAGACGCUUGUCGCACCUGAAAUCAACAUUUCCCUGGACCAGAGUGAAGGCUCCAUUCUGUCCGAUGACUUCUUGGACACGCCGGAUGAUCUGGAUAUCAAUGUGGAUGACAUCGAAACGCCCGACGAGACGGAUUCCCUCGAAUUCCUGGGGAAUGGGAACGAGCUGGAAUGGGAAGAUGACACUCCUGUGGCCACGGCCAAGAAUAUGCCUGGGGACAGCGCGGAUCUGUUUGGGGACGGCGGGACAGAGGAUGGGAGCGCAACCAACGGGCGGCUCUGGAGGACCGUCAUCAUUGGGGAGCAGGAGCACCGCAUUGACCUGCAGAUGAUCAAACCCUACAUGAGGGUGGUGACACAUGGAGGGUACUACGGAGAAGGACUCAAUGCCAUCAUCGUCUUCGCUGCCUGCUACCUGCCAGACAGCAACCUGGCUGAUUACCACUAUAUCAUGGAGAACCUCUUCCUCUACGUGAUCAGCAGCCUGGAGCUGCUGGUGGCUGAGGACUACAUGAUCGUGUACCUGAAUGGAGCGACGCCGCGGAGGAGGAUGCCGGGGCUGGGGUGGCUGAAGAAGUGCUACCAGAUGAUAGACAGAAGGCUGCGGAAGAACCUCAAAGCCCUGAUCAUUGUGCAUCCCUCGUGGUUCAUCCGGACGGUGCUGGCUAUUUCCAGGCCCUUCAUCAGCGUGAAAUUCAUCAAUAAGAUCCAAUACGUUCACAGCCUGGAGGAACUGGAGCAGCUCAUCCCCAUGGAGCACGUCCAGAUCCCAGACUGCGUCUCGCAAUUUGAAGAAGAGAGGAUCAAAGCCAGGAGAGAAAGGGCAGAAGAGAAACAAGACAUGGCUGAAAGGGAAAGCAGGCCUGUGCCCCCUGCAGAGGAUCAAGAAACCAGCAUGCCGUGAAUCGAGGCAGCGCGGGACAAAGGGAGCAGAGAGCGACGCAGCCCAGCACUCCCCCCUGGAAAUGACCUUUGGGUAGAAGACCUUUCCACCACCCAGCUCUGAGCUCUGUAAGGUCACGGGGCCUCCCCUGUCUGCACAACGCAAAGUCCUCCAAACUUCUGGAAAACAUUUGACUUUUCAACAACAACAAGAAGAAAUAUCUCCAAGGAUAGCACGUUUUCUUUUCAGGAUGGGUUCCAUCGUGUCCAGCAAUGGUCUGCAGAGAGCUCGGAGCAAACAGAGACUCCACCUCCUCGCAGUGAGCAAAGAGCAUCCCGCAGUCCAUUUGCCCACAGACAGAUCUGUUCUUCUUUUCAGUCCCAGCUCACUGCGACACUCUGCUGCCCCAGGGGAUCGCUAAUGCAAGAAAUGAAAAGAGUCCAUUUUCCCCCUUGCUAUCCCUUUAUUUUCCCCCUGUAAAUGCCAAGUGCCCACCGCUCCUCCCAGCCUUGACCUCCGUUCAUCUGCUGCCAGUUCUUAUUAACUCGUAGUGAGCCGUUGCUGUGGGUAGAUGCUGUGUUUUUACCAUACUCAUUCUGCCUCCGUAGGGCCCCGGUAGCUUUGGGAAGGGUCCCACAGAGCCUCCCUGUGAGCUUCUCCUCAUGUCACACACAGUGGUCAGAAGGAGCCCUGCAGACAGGAGUGCUUCCUAUGCCUCUGUGUUGGCUUCAUGCCCUCGGACAAUCCUCCAUCACCGCUCCCUUGGUGGAUUCCCACUGCCGAGGGUCAGGAACGCGCUGUGUGUCCUGGGGAGCACAGACCCCUCGGUACAGACAGAUCCACGUGCAGGGAUGGAGGAGAAAGUUGGGAUGUGAUGUGGGACUGUGCUGCCUGGUGCCGGGGCUCAGGAGGGCUCUGGGAGCAGAAGGGAGGAGAGCAUGUUGGAAAUGAGGACGUGGUGAAGGCAGUUGAAGAUGCUGCUCUCGUCAGAGCGAGCUCACACACAGCACACCGGGCAGAGCCCUGCGCCAACAAGUGUGGAUGGAGACCUGUGGGUCCCACACCCAGCCACCCCAACCCACAGCAAUCCAAAAUUAACCAUGGGUUUCUGCGAGCGUCAUUAUGGGCCCCACUGGCAAGGGGAAUUCUGCACAGCAGAGAAGGACUGAACAGCACUGCGACAUCGGGGCAGCCCCUCCAGAUCCUGUGGGCUUCAGAUCAUCCCAUAAACACUGGGGAUCUCCCUGUAGUAGGGUGGGAAUUUGCCAUCUCCUGUCGAUAACACUGAGGUUGUCCUUCUGUGGUUUUGGACCAUUUUAAUGCAUUUAGACAAAAAAAAAGAAA